AUGGGAAACAAAGAGUGCAACACAGUCAAAGCUAUUAAACAGUGCGGACGCUUGGAGGAACUCAACGACACAGUCAGAGUCUCCACCAUACUCCAAUACGAAGAGGACGAGGACAAAGACGAGAAGAUGUCUCACAGCUCAUAUAUCCUCUCUCCAACUCCUUUUGAUGACAAAGUGAUAUCAAAGUCCACUGGAUACCCUCUGCGUCCUCGUUCUGCAAACUCAGCAAGAAGCUCCCCAGCCAUUUCUAAGAUCAAAAGUGUAUCUCCUCACAAGUUUAUGUCAAGGUCUCCAAACCCUUUUCAUUCGUCAAAGACAAAUUCUCCACGACCAAAAGCUCAUAAAAUUAACUUCGAUACCGUCCCACUCAUCCUCCAACAAGCAGAAACUAUGUUCUCGGGUCUCACCCCGUCCGUUGUAUUCAACUCAUCAGUCGAUGGAUGGGAGUCUAGAGAAUUGAACUCAAAGAUUGAAGGUCUCGACAAGUUGAUGUUUGUCAUUAAAAUGUCGGAAGGAUGGCAAUUCGGGUUCUACUCCGAAGACAUCGCCCCAGUCCAUAAUCACUCCGAGAACACACAAGUCUCUUCUUCAAACAUGUUCCUCUUUACAACAGACUCCUGUGGAAACAAAUUCACUGUAAUUAACAGAAAGAAUAAGACUGAACGUUCCUUCACCCUUCACACAAAUACCGAAAGGGAAUUUCUUCUGACGUGCUACUCAGCAUUUUGGCUGACGUCUUCGCGAAAGGUGUACUUACACCAAUUAUUUAAAACUACAUAUCAAGUCAAUGGAUUACCAAAUGACAAUCUUCUUUCAAUAAAACAGACUGGUUCUACGUGCCAGAGUCUUACUGUACUUCACUGGGCGUAA